AUGCCCUCAGACGCUUCUGAACAAGAGUCAUACGUCUUUAGACAACGAGAUGAGACCGAAUCAUCAAGAUUGAACUUUCAGCAUACAAUCGCACUCAAAGUCAGCCAAGGCCACCUCAUUCAUCCCUCAAUAGAUAUAUCGAGCCUGAAGGCCGUAGCCGAUAUUGGGACUGGCACUGGAAUUUGGUUGGAGGAUCUUCAGCAACAAGUCCACUCUCAGACUCGUCUAGACGGCUUCGAUAUCUCAGCUGCCCAAUUCCCCUCUGCGAGCAAGUGCACUUAUCAGGUUCAUAAUAUACUUGAGCCUUUUGCUCCAGAAUACCAUGGGUUAUAUGAUCUGGUGCAUAUCAGGAACAUGGUCGAAUCUGGAGGCUAUCUCCAAUGGGAAGACUUCGACUUCGAACGGAUAGUCACGACUGGAGCAGCCUCACCUACGCACGCAGAGCUGAUCAGUUUGACCUGUAGCUUCUUCACGGGUUUGGGCAUGAGUCUAAAUUGCUCGAUCCGAGUCGAAGAGACCAUGAAACAGGCAGGACUUGCAGAUGCUAUACGAGAGCAACGUAAUUCGUACUGGGAUAAAUCCUUGGAUUCUGACACCAAAAAUUGGUGUUGGCAAUCUUUCGGGGGAUUUAUACCAAAGGCUGUACUGUGGUCUGGGAAGGCAAAGGACGAAGAGACUGCUGAGAGGAUGAUAAAUGAAAAGCUUCAGGUCCUGGGAAAGGAAUAUCAGAGCGGAGCUGUACCAAAUUUUGCACAGAGAGUGAUUGUAGGCAGGAAGGCCUGA